AUGUCUUCCUCGCCACGCCCACGACAGCCGCAGACGCCCGACUCACCGACACAUGAUUCCGACUCCGACCUGGAUCUCGACAUCCAGGAGCUCGACCCGAUUUCUACGGAGUCGACGCGUGGCGCAUCGCAACCACAACGACAUUCCGGUGGUGGCGAGCAGGGAAUAUCACGGAUAGCGUUGCGGAACCUGCGCAUGGGUGGCCUACGACGUAACAAGCGUGGCCGUGGCUAUGGCGACCUUGGCCAAAACAGAGACGAAUGGGGGGAGGACACCGAGGGCUUACUAGGCGAAGGGUCGAGAUCGCGAUACUCCGAUGGUGAAGGCCAUGGCGACGACGAUAGCCCGCUCCUCGGGGAGCAUGCCGGUCGACGAUCACUGACGAGCGAUCGCGGUUCUCGAAGAGGUUCACGGGUGCGGUUACCGAGCUUCAUGUCGGGAUCCAAGAAAGGCGACGAAGAAGAUGGUGACGAUCAAGAGGAGGCUGACCCGUCUGCAUCCCGUCUGGUUGCUGUCGGCUCGACACAGGCCGCCCGAUUUCCGGCAAACAUCAUCUCGAACGCCAAGUAUACCGCAUUCACAUUUCUACCGAUCACGCUAUGGAAUGAAUUCUCCUUCUUCUUCAACAUGUAUUUCUUGCUGGUAGCUUUAUCGCAGGCGAUACCGGCUCUCAGGAUUGGAUAUCUGUCGACGUACAUCGCACCGCUUGCUUUCGUCCUAUUAAUCACCAUGGGAAAAGAGGCCUUCGACGACAUUGGGAGACGAAAACGAGAUACCGAGGCGAACUCGGAAGAGUACAGGGUCUUGCACUUUGACGAGCCAUCGUUUUCUGGAACUAUCAGGCCACGAAGGCAACUCAAGUCUGACUCGCAGAGGAAAAAAUCCAGGGGGCAGAAGGCCCAGCGACAUGACCUGACGGACAUACGAGAAGAGGAAGAGGGAGGAGACAUGCAGCCUUCUUCCCAGGUCUGCGAAAUCAGCAAAAAGUCAAAGGACCUCAAGGUCGGCGACGUCCUGAAACUCUCAAAGGGGCAGAGAGUCCCUGCCGACGUUGUAAUACUACAAUGCUCUACUGUCGUCGAGAGCGGCGAGGCUAUUCCAGCAAAGGAGUACGCGGAAGAAGAGGCGUUGCUUGCAUUGGAUGACUCGAGAAGUGCAAGUGCGAAAGGAAAGCAGACCGAGGUGGAGUCACUCAAGAAUGAGGAGCAGUCGGGGACUGUGGGAGAGACAUUUAUCCGCACAGAUCAACUGGAUGGUGAAACAGAUUGGAAGCUGAGACUUGCCUCGGCCAUAUCGCAAAAUCUCCCGUUGGAGGAGUUUGUGCGCCUGCGCGUGACUGGAGGCAAGCCGGACAAGAAGGUCAAUGAAUUCCUGGGCGCACUAGAGCUGCUUCCGUCUUGGAAAGAUGCCAUGGACUACCAAUCCUCACUUCAAGGGGACGAUGGCAAAUCUGCGCCGCUGUCCAUUGACAAUACAGCAUGGGCGAACACGAUCAUCGCCUCGCAGGCUACCACGUUGGCAGUCAUCAUCUACACGGGACCACAUACACGCUCGGCCUUGUCGACUUCGCCGUCUCGCUCCAAGACAGGCCUUCUCGAAUACGAGAUCAAUUCGUUAACCAAGAUUCUCUGUGCCCUGACGCUGGCUUUGUCAGUGAUCUUGGUAGCUCUGGAAGGCUUCGAAAACACCGAGGGUAACCGGUGGUACGUGAAGAUUAUGCGCUUCUUGGUUCUAUUCUCGACAAUUGUGCCCAUCAGCCUGCGCGUCAAUCUUGACAUGGGCAAGAGCGCCUUUUCCUGGUUCAUCCAGCGCGAUCCGGGUAUUCCUGGCGCUGUUGUUCGCACAAGUACGAUCCCUGAGGAUCUGGGUCGUAUUGAGUACCUACUCAGUGACAAAACUGGUACGCUCACGCAGAACGAAAUGGACAUGAAGAAGAUCCACGUUGGAACCGUCUCGUACGCGAACGAAGCGAUGGAGGAAGUCACAUCCUACGUUCGCCAAGGGUUUUACAUUCAACCCACCACAGACCAUUCGUCACAGACCGCCCUGAUCACACCUUCAUCGACGUUCACUGCUGCCGCGAAUCAAGGCGCCACACGCACAAGGCGGGAGAUCGGGUCUCGUGUGCGUGACGUCGUUCUCGCGUUGGCGUUGUGUCACAACGUGACCCCUACCACGGAUUUCGAAGACGGGCAAGAAGUCACAUCGUAUCAGGCGUCGUCCCCCGACGAAAUCGCAAUCGUCCGCUGGACCGAGUCUGUCGGCCUGCGCUUGGCAUCUCGCGACCGCACCAGCAUGACACUCGAGUCAACCGAAAAUGGUCGGCCCGUCGUUCGUGUACGAAUUCUGGACGUGUUUCCCUUCACCUCCGACGGCAAGCGCAUGGGUAUUGUGGUUCACUUCCACACGGAUACCAACAUCAGGAAUCCGGAUCUGUCCACCGGAGAGAUCUGGUUCUACCAAAAGGGCGCAGACACGGUCAUGAGUAAUAUUGUGGUAGCAAACGACUGGCUCGACGAGGAGACGGCCAAUAUGGCCCGCGAGGGUCUACGUACACUCGUUGUCGGGCGCAAGAAACUCUCCCUGUCACAGUAUCGAGAAUUUUCGUCCGAGCACCAAGAAGCUUCCUUGGCUAUCACCGGCCGUGAGGCUGGUAUGCAGAGAGUCGUCUCGCAUUACCUCGAGUCCGACCUUGAGCUACUAGGGGUGACGGGCGUCGAAGACAAGCUACAGCGCGAUGUCAAAACCUCGUUGGAACUUCUCCGCAACGCCGGCAUCAAGAUUUGGAUGUUGACGGGUGACAAGGUCGAGACUGCGCGCUGCGUUGCGGUCAGCUCCAAGCUCGUCGCUCGAGGGCAAUACAUCUAUACGGUCGCGAAACUCAAGAGGAAAGAUAAUGCCCAGGAUCAUCUCGACUUUCUGCGAAGCAAGGCGGACGCCUGUCUGCUCAUUGACGGAGAGUCUCUCGCCCUGUUCCUGACGCAUUUCCGCCAAGAGUUCAUUUCCAUCGCCGUCACACUGCCUACCGUCGUCGCUUCGCGCUGCUCGCCAACUCAGAAGGCCGAGGUCGCCCUGCUCAUCAAAGAGUUCACCAAGAAACGGGUGUGCUGCAUUGGCGAUGGUGGCAACGACGUGUCGAUGAUCCAGGCAGCGGACGUUGGUGUUGGUAUCGUCGGCAAGGAGGGUCGCCAGGCGAGUCUCGCGGCCGACUUUUCCAUUGAGCAGUUCUGCCACCUGGUCAAGUUGCUCGUGUGGCACGGCCGCAAUAGCUACAAGCGCAGUGCCAAGCUCGCGCAAUUUGUCAUUCAUCGCGGUCUUAUUAUCGCUGUGUGCCAGACCAUGUACAGUAUUGCUUUGAAGUUUGAGCCGGAGGGUUUGUACAAGGAUUGGCUUCUUGUUGGCUAUGCCACUGUCUACACUGCCUUCCCCGUCCUUUCGCUUGUCCUGGACAAGGACGUCGACGAAAACCUUGCCAACCUAUACCCCGAGCUGUACAAAGAGCUCACCUCGGGCCGAUCACUGUCGUACCGCACCUUUUUCAUCUGGGUGCUCGUGUCAAUCUACCAAGGCGGCAUGAUUCAGGGACUCUCACAGAUCUUCACCGAGGUUGAUGGCCCCAAGAUGGUGGCUGUCAGCUAUACGGUGCUGGUGCUGAACGAGUUGCUCAUGGUGGCCAUUGAAAUUACGACGUGGCACCCCGUCAUGAUUGUCAGUAUCCUCGGGACAUUUCUGUUCUACCUCGGAUCCAUCCCCUUCCUGGGUCGCUACUUUGACCUCGAGUUUAUCAUUACCUGGGGCUUCUUAUGGCGCGUCCUCGCCAUCGCGUCGAUUUCACUCGUCCCUCCUUAUCUCGGCAAAGUUAUCAGUCGGACCAUGAAACCGCCUUCCUACCGUAAGGUGCAGAGCACAUGA